AUGAUUUGCAAAUAUAAUAUUAUCACUGCAGGUCUGAAAGGUAUGGACCUAAUCAAAGAGGAAGUCAAUACCUUCAACCCAGGGCUCAGUAUUAUGGGUACUCCUUACUGGCUUACUAAUGCCUCCAAGAGAGCCAAACAACAAGACGGAGCAAUAGUCAUUGCAUUUGCUACACAAAAAGAAGCAGAUAUAGCUAUCCAGAAAAGGCUAUAUAUUGCAGGCAUUAGUGUUAGAGUAGAAAGAUUCUAUCCAUCUACUCCUUCAUCCCAAUGUAACAGAUGCCAGGGAUUCGGCCAUAACGAAUCAUACUGCAAAAAACCUCCAGCUUGCGGACUUUGCAGUAAUAAUCAUGCUACAGUCGGUCAUUUCUUCAUUCAAGAACCCUGGAUCCUCUCGAAUCCUGAGAAAGACUUCUCCUCAACCAGAUCUAUUGCCCACUCCAGCUUCUCUCAACUCCUCCCAAAUAAUCCUUCGAACCUGCGUCCCCGAACUAUGAUCUACAUUUCAAAAGGAUUCAAACCGCUAGUAGCCCUAGCUCCCAACUCCCCUAAUGAUCCAGAUAUUCAAAUCAUUAAUAUCACUCAAGGAAAACAUACAAUACAACUCAUCAAUAUCUACAAUGAAGCGGACCAAGCCAAAGAAAAAGGCCACACCAUCGAAAGAUGCCUUUACAAUACCCCUCUUACUCAUCACACCAUCCUCGUAGGAGAUUUCAACUCCCAUCACCCUUGGUGGGACCCUGUGUGA